AAUGCAUUUAUCAGAAUGACUAUCUAUCCAUCAAUAUACCACGUUGUUAUAGCCACUGCUGGUGAGGAAGGAAGGAAAUGUUUGAUGAGAGAAAUUGAGCUGGGAAAACUUAUCGGUGAAAACAAUCAGCCAAACAUUGUAAAGUUCAUGGGCUGCGUUACAACUCAAACUGACCCAAUUCUCAUCAUGGAAUACAUGCCAUGCGGCGACCUACUUGGUUAUCUGAGAAAAUGCCGAGGAGUGAGGGAUCGGUAUUAUCUUGGUGAUUGUAUGGCUCAAGAUUUGACCAACCAUGAUCUUGUGAUGUUUGCCAAACAAAUCGCUGCCGGUAUGGUGUUCCUUGGAUCGAGAGGGAUCAUCCAUCGUGACCUUGCGGCCCGAAACAUUCUCCUCGAUAACAACUAUGUUUGCAAAGUGACUGACUUUGGCAUGGCAUAUCAAAGCUUUAAAUAUGGCCAUGGAAAUGCCAAAAAGGGAUGUUUGCCAAUCAAAUGGACUGCACCAGAAAUUCUGCUGGGAAAUCUCGCUGGACUUUCCACUUUGAGUGAUGUGUGGUCCUAUGGAAUCGUUCUGUAUGAGAUAGUUACCCUUGGUAAAGUUCAAUAAGAAUAUUAUUUUAUAAUAAAGAUUUGUUUUUACUUUUUUUCCAGGCCUUUUAUUCCUGAAAUGGGCCUUAAACAAGAUAAUAUAGAUGGUUUACAUCCUCUUGCCUUAAGUUAAUUGAGUAAUGUCCAAGUCUUGUAAGACUGAUCAAGUAGUCUAACUUCUUUUGUAAAAAUGAACCCUGAUAAUGAGUUCGGGUGGAAUUGUAUAACCUCCAGGCAAAACGUGAGACAAUUUUCGUUUUUAGGACUAUCCCGUGUUCAGUACAGAUCAUAUGCUUUUU